AAGCCAGUUAUAAUCUUGUCGUUGUGUCUGCCUUGUCGAAUCAACAUGCUGAUUUUUCGUACAAUUCAUACAUUAGCACAUCACUGAAUUUACUUCGUUUAAUUUACACGGAAAACAUUUUUAGGAAAUUUGAUGUAAAAAUGUGUUUCAUCUUUCAUAAUGUCUCAGAGCAGUUUUAUUCAUCAGCACAUGGGCUUCUUCGUUUUAUCUCAAAGGGAGACAACCUCUGUUGUGUCAAAAAAAGGCUAGUUAUAUAGAUUUACAUUAUUCUGAGAAAUGUUCUUCUUGUUUUCCAGGUGUGAUACUGAGUCUAAUAGUGCUGUCUGUGGGAUUCGUGUUGGCAGUGGUGUAUUCUCCGGCCGUUAUUCCGUCCCAAGCAAUCAAUAACACCUGCAAUCACUAUGAGGUUUGUCAAGGUUGCAUUGAUGACAGUGGUUGUGGAUUCUGUUUCAACGACACGAACUGGUCCUCCCCAGUUGGUCACUGCUUGUCUGUCUUUAAUGAACACCAGGCCUACACGUUUUCAUCCGUGGGAGAAUGCUCAAAAGAAAAUAUGGCCUCCGACACACUGGGGAACAUCUGGGCUUAUGGGUUCUGUCCCACGAAAUUCUACUGGAUACCCGUUGUGGGGAAUGACCACGUAUUUGAUAUUUUUUGCCCCAGGGCUGGCCUCCGUCCCUUGGAUUGUUAACACGGAACUAUACCCAAUGUGGGCACGGGGUACUGGGAAUGGACUGGCGACGGCAACGAACUGGAUCUUUAACUUUAUUGUGUCCAUGACCUUCCUUAGUUUGGUAUCCCUACUUGGAAAGCAUGGUGUGUUCAUGCUGUACACUUCGUUGUCUGUGGUGGGAAUGAUUUUCACUGCGGCUCUUUUACCAGAAACAAAGGGGAAGAAAUUAGAGGAUUUGGAACAGUUAUUUAAACGCUCCACAAUAAAGUCAUGACACAAUGAUUGCCAGAAGUUCCAAACUAUUGACUUCCGAAAGGCUUUUGUAACAAAAAUUGCGUCUUCAUGACAAAUCAAAUAGAUCUGAUUACCAGAUAGGUACGAGACUACCUUUUAACUGGUUAUCUCCCUUGUGAUUCUUCCAAGCCGAUGUCAUUCAUCUGGCAAUCUUUUGAAGAUACUGCCCUUGUAUUGUUCACUAGUAUUGCAUUUUGGUGUUCAACACCAGGAAAGAUUGUGUCGCAAUAUCAUUAACAAAGAAGAUGACAAUCGGGUUGUCAUCAUUGCAUGUGUCAUGCCCUUUUCUAUUGAAUGUUGCUCAAAAUCGAUAAUGCUGAUUCAAAUAGUAUGCAAAAUUUAUUGAAUUUAUUUUUGUGGAAGAUGCUUGGAUCUGAGAUAACAAAUCUAUUUGGAGUUGUGAAAUUGAACAUUUGUCGUUCCCGUGGGUGUUAUUGAAACAUGUAAAACAACUAUCUACAUUUCUGAGAGUUAUUUGUUGUGCAUUGUUUUUACUUAAAAUAACAUGAUACCUGUGCAUUAGCAAACCAAUAGGCUAUGGAUCGUGCCUUUAAAAUCGAAAAGCAUCACUAAUGUCACUUUGAGAUAUCUGCAACUGAAGUGCCAUAUUCAGUAUCUUGUUGUAUAUAGUUGUGGAUUCAAAUCUAGCACAGAAAUCUUAAUUCACAGAUGGCACUGGUGUCCAGGAUAUUGACUUUGAUUUGAUCAAUUCAGUAUGAAUUUUAUAACAGCUUUUCCCCUGUAAUAAAC